AUGACGGGACGUACAAUCGUCGUCGAGAAGGUGUCGUCGCGAAGGUGGUUUGACCGUGUGGACGAGACGGUUCUGCUUGGAGCGCUGCCCUUCAGAUCCAUGACCAAACAGAAUCCGUUCUUUUGGACAACGACGGCCGAGAAUUUCCGGCAAUUCUGCACUGGAGAGUUCCGGAAAGAUGGUGUCCUGGUUGGUUUCAAGAGCUGCACUUUCCAUAGAGUGAUCAAAGACUUUAUGAUCCAAGGAGGUGACUUUGUGAACGGUGACGGAACUGGUAUCUGCAGCAUUUACAGAGGUCCAUUUGCAGAUGAAAACUUUCGGGUGAAGCAUUCUGCACCUGGUCUUCUGUCCAUGGCAAACAGUGGUCCAGGAACAAAUGGUUGCCAGUUUUUCAUUACCUGCACAAAAUGUGACUGGGUGGUGGAGGCUCCAAACCAAGAAAUAAGUUGAGUAAACGGUAACAACAUGUUAAUAACCCGUCUGCUUUGGUUUUGAUGAUGCAAUAUUUGGUUUGUGGAAUUGUUUUUUUUUUUUUGGGAGGGGGGGCAUCACGCCAUCGUAC